UCAAGCAGACCCGUGUGAAUCCCAGGGCAGUGUUAGGCGUCUUGACGGAGAGGAUUAUGACGUCACUACCUUGCCCCGUCACAACCAAAGUCCGGAAGCGCGGCAAUGUAGGAGCCAACAUGAGCGCCUGUGUGGCCCUGAGCGGGAAGGCCUCUAUGAAGCAGAGCGGCAGUACUCAGACAGAUAGUGAUGUGUCACUGGUUAUUCCUGCAAAUACUGUCAUGGCCUACAGUCUGAUUGACCUCUACGUCAAAUGCAAUGGACAGUUUGAGCUGUGCCUCAUUCACAAAAAUGGGGGCUUUGAAAUGGAUAAGUCAAAUUAUGAGUUUGAAGAGGAUGGAAUUAUGGACCUGGGAGGCGACUUUGAUGUCAACAGCCCCCUAAAUCUGAAGAAAGAACUGGAGAAACUGAGUGGUCAUUUCCAGCUGCUGUCAGCCCUGCCAGCAGCCACACGUUCCUCUCUGCUCCAGCUCCUCAAGACAACCAUGGAGGAUGGAGAGGCAGUCAGUGUGCUGGAGAGUGUGCUGGAUCGGACGUGUGAUGGUGAGACUCCUGACCUGGGUGAUCUGGAAGAGUCUGAGAGGAAGACAGUCCAGGCCAUACUGGAUCUUGUAGACCAAUGUGUUGGGAAGGAUGAGGACGAGUUCAGAUCCUCACUUCUCACUGCCAUCCACCUCAUUGUCAGUGCCAUGGACGGAAUGACAGAUGAGGGUCUCUCUGUGUUGGGAUCAUGUUGCAGUCCUCCAGUCUUACAGGCCCUGCAGAUCCUGGUGCAGCAUGUGGCAGCAGGGAGUGGGGAGACCCUCUCUCUGAGAGAUGCAGGUCUGGCUGUUCUGACUGAGGAGGAGGUGUUUUGGAGGACAGAGAGUCUCUUUGGUCACUCUAAAGUUACACUGAAGAGAGAGGAGGACACACUGAGAACAGAGAUGAAGGACCAGCCUGGAUACCUUCCUCUUGUCAUGAGUAUCACUGUGAAAGGCCUGGCUUCUUUAGUGUAAGCUGAGAGAGAGUGAGUGAGUGAGCUAGAAAAUCAUGUUUGAACUAAUAUACUCACGAUUCCAUUCCAUGUGUUACUCUUGCACUAGUUGAGCUAAAGAACUAGUGAACAACAAUGUAUGUAUC